AUGGCUCCUAAAGCAGCUCUGCUCAGAUCGGCACUGGUCGACGCGGCUCACGAAAUAUUCCGCGCCAACCCCGAUGAACUUACAGUCAAUGCCGUGCGGAGCCAUGCCGAGGAUUUAUUGGACCUGGAGGCUGGAUUUUUCAAAUCAGGCGCUUGGAAGAACAAGCUGCUGGAAGCUGCCGAAGGUGGGGGAGAAGAGGCUGCCGAAGUAAGCAAAGAGGACCAACGAAACAACAGGGCAGACAAGAAGACAAAGAAGACAAAGAAGCAAGAACCAGCUCCAAAAGCCUCGGUCACCGGACAAGACGCAUUGGGCAUUGACGACAGCAGUGUGAGUCCGGAAACAAAACAACCGCCCCAAAAACGAAAGCUGGCCGAGAGAAGCAUCACAGUACCGAGCCGAGAGAUACAAGGAGGGCAGGACAGCGACAAUGUAAAGGAAACUGCAAAAGAAUGUGCAGAUAGCGGCAAUGGCAGGCCGGCCGACAAUGACGAGCGUAAACCUUCUACCAGGCGCAAUAAUGCCAAAGUCGGCGAGGAAGCGUUGAAGCCUGGCACAUCGUCACCCCUCAGCGAGGUCGAUAGUGGCAAUGAUGUCCCAGGAAUAAAACCGAAAUCAAAACAGGCUGCCACAGAUUUGGUCGUUGAUGCCGGCGAUGUUUCCGACGGCUCAAGCACGUCCGUGCUCGACGACACUCCUCCCCCGAAGAAAAAAAUCAAGCCUUUAAAGCAGGUGCCAGCCAAGCAAGUGGCACACAAAGCCACUACAGCAACCAACUCACCAGACGAAGUCGAGGUAAAAAAGCUACAGAGUCAGUUAGCUAAAUGUGGCGUGCGCAAAAUCUGGGGCAUUGAGCUGAAGCGUUUUGGUGAUGACGCGAAGGCCAAGAUUCGCCAGCUCAAAAGUAUGCUGCACGAUUUAGGCAUGGAUGGACGUUUCUCUGAAGCGAAAGCUCGUGAAAUUAAGGAGCGUCGCGAGCUCAUGGCAGAUCUAGAGGAGGUGCAGGAGAUGAACCGCAAUUGGGGCGUCAACGGCAGCGGCCGUGCAUCGCGGAGCCGUAUGGUCAAGACACCUAAGGAGGAAAGCUCAGACGAAGCAGAAGAGAGGGAAGAAGGUGGCGAAGCCGAAGACAGUGACGCGGGGAUGGUGGUGAGCGGCGACAUCAAAAGUAGAACGGCCGGACAUGGCGAUAGCAAAGAAGACGACACGGACGGGGACGGUGACGACGGGCCCAAGGUGAAGGCAAGAGGUCGCCAGUCGGCGAGACAGGCUGACCUAGCGUUUUUGGGGUCUGACAGCGAAAGCGACUGA